CGAUAUGUCAGACUUUUUAUUGUGUUACCAACUGCGAGAAACAGCAACAUAAAAAGCCGUCAAGAUGUCCUGGCUUAAAUUCCAGGUAGCACAUUAACAACUUUCAACAAAACCUCAGGUCUUUCGGUUCUUACCCACUCCUAAGGUAGACUAUUUGAUAGAAAACCCAUCAAAAUGACACGAUUCAAUCACCUUCCAUCACUCCUAGUCUUUGGGCCUCAGACCAGGUUUCCAUCACAAGAAGUAUUAGAAGACUUACGCCGGGAACUUGUUAACAACCCUCUGUUAGCCGUCCUCGCUAAUGCUGCGACAGAACUCCCUCAAUUCUGGGAGACCCUUGUAGAAUCCGAUGAAAGUCUACAGCUAAUCCCUGGCACCAAGUACCUCAAUGAACUCGGGCAGUGGGUCAAGGAAGGUGGCCCAUUUCCCAACCAAAAUAUCUCGCCAAACAUUUAUGCUCUACCCGCCACCAUUCUUCUCCAAAUCACCCAGUACACACGCUACCUUAGACACCUUGGUGACGACUCCCAUCGCCAGGUUCUUGAGAGCGUUAAGACUGCAGGAAUCCAAGGACUCUGUGUUGGCUCCAUUAGUGCCGCUGUAGUAGCUAGCUCGAAAACCGAAGCUGAUAUCGGUCCCGCUGCUACUGCUGGGCUUCGUCUUGCACUUGCGAUAGGUGCAUAUGUUGACUUAGACCACAUCUCAGAAUACAUUGAUGGAUUCACAUGUAUUGCGAUCCGAUGGAGGGAAGGGAAUGCCGAAGAGAAAGCCAGGAUUGACACCAUCAUACAAUCGUAUCCUGAGGCUUACAUAUCCAGCAUCAAUGAUAGUGCCAGCGUGAGCGUCACUCUUAGAACUGAAGACCUGGGUAGUUUCGUUCAGCAGAUCCAUAAACGAAGCUUUCAAGCGGCGACGACGUCGGUGAACGGCCGUUUCCACACUUCUGCCCACUCAGAUGCCUCGAUUAAGCUUGCGAAGCUAGGCUUAAAAACCGAAGCGCUUCGGCUUCCAGAAGCUGGGAUGCUCCUUGUCCCUUUGCGAUCUACCGCAGACGGUAAAAUUAUUCGCGAGGGCUCUUUGACCGAGUUUGUAAUCCGGAACACACUGCUGAAACCUGCAGACUGGUACAUGACUAUGAAGGAAUCGACUCUUCAGUUACCCCAUUCGAACAUCACAGUCGUAUCCGCAGGAUUUGGCAAUAAUAUCCCCCCAUCUCUGAUUCGUGAUGCAUAUUUCCAUGUAUUGGAUCUGGGAGGGACGAAAAAGGGAAAACAAUACACAAAUUCGUAACUCAUCGGUUACAUGGCUACCGAGGGACAGCUCGCUAUAUCACUGGCAUAAUAACUCUCCAAAGGGGGCUACGACCUCCGGAAGCCAUCUCCGCAUUCUGCUGCCCCACCAGUUACAAGCAUGAGUGGUGGAAGAGAUAUCCAAUCCACGGAUCCCGACAGAUUCCCGGUGUCGCACCGUGCUUCACAAAACGGCCCGCCAUUUAAUUCUACGGAGCUAGAAUU